CGACACGCCUGACGUAAACAAACGCAAGAAAACGUGCUUUCCAGUUUGAGUCAGGUUGAUUCGUUGCUCCCGCUACUAGCCCUAUUCUACUGUUCCUUUAAAUGGAACCCUCUGCUCAAAACGACCCAGCUGCAUAUUUCGACAGCUAUGAGGAUCUUAAGGUGCACGAAAUCAUGCUAGGUGACCAACCGAGACAGGCUGCCUACCAAAAAGCGAUCCUCGAAAAUCGGGCCCUGUUCGCGGGCAAAACCGUGCUCGAUGUCGGUGCCGGCACGGGCAUUUUGUCCAUAUUCUGUGCCCAGGCAGGUGCGAGCAAGGUGUACGCCGUGGAAGCGUCCAAUCUGGCCCGGCUUGCCCGGGCAGUGGUGGAAGAGAACAAGUUUCAAGCUGUGAUAGAAGUGAGCGAGUGUAAGGUAGAAGAUUUUCAGCUUCCCGAAGGCGAGCGGGUCGAUAUCAUCGUAUCCGAGUGGAUGGGAUUCUUUCUACUGCACGAGGGCAUGCUCGAUUCGGUGGUGUACGCGCGCGACAAGUUCCUGAAGCCGAAUGGACUGAUGUUUCCCGAUACGGCCACUCUGUUCGUUGCACCCUGCAGCGUUCCUUCGCGGUUCGAUCAGUGGGAAAAUCUGUCCGGUGUUAGCAUGCGUUGCUUUGGGCGUGCGUUACGCGAGCAAAAUUCGGGCAAUCCCGAGGUGUUGUCCGUUGCGUCCGAGCAUCUGCUACACGAGGGACACAUCAUGGCGUGGUUCGACCUGAUGGAAGUGACGUCUGAAGAGCUGAACAGUAUCGAAGUGAAGGAUGUGCUUGUUGCACAGCGUGCCGGGAAGCUGCAGGGAUUCUGUAUCUGGUUCGAUUGCACCUUUCCGGGGGACGAAAUGGAACAGCAGCAACUAUCCACGAACCCAGCCGCACCGCCAACACACUGGAAGCAGAUCGUUAUCCCGCUGCCGGAAGAUUCCUGCGAAGAACUGGAGGAGCGUGACCCGGUAGCAUUCAGUCUAUCGAUGACACGCAACAAGGAAACCAAUCGAAGGUACGACCUUCAGCUAACGUUGCUGGAUCCCGAGAAGGAAGAACACCAUCUGCCGUGCGAAUGUCAUAUGACGAAGUGUAUUUUAAUGAAGACCCAUCUCGAGAAGAUGCAAGUGGAUUAACAAAGUAUGAUACGCGGGGCAAUAAAUAUGGCCUGGGUCCGGCCAUUACGGCGCACUGCUUUGAGUAUUCGAACUAAA